UCGUUGACUCAGCACUGCACAUAAACAAAGCACAAAACUCUGUCACUUUCCAUUUGGCUGCUCUAAAACGUAAAACUGAAAUCAAAUCACACGAAAUUAAGUUGAAAAUUGCGAAAAACUUAUAAAAUUGUCUGUUCUUUUUGUUACAUUUAGUAUUUUAAUAGUUUUAUGACAUCUCAGUGGAAUUGAUUCGAAUGGAACCAUAAAUCGAAUGCAAAGUUACAGCUUAUGAAGUGAUUUUUAGUUUUGAACAGACCAAACGUAAUAUUUGUGUUUUUGGUUUACAACGAUGAAUUCAACGUAUAUGUAAAAGUCGCUUCAUCGAAGAAAAAAGAGAAAAGAACUACGUGUUUCGUCGUAAAUUGUGUCGCAGUAGUUGAGAUAUUCGUGAUUGAAUCAAAUGAAUAUUUAAUCGGUUUAUUACGGAAAAUGUGAUUGAGUUCGCGAUUAUUCGAAUGAAAUUGACAAAUAUCAAUUGAAAAAAUUGCGUUUUUUCUUCACUUCGUCUCCUUCUGCAUUUCCAUUCAGUUUCAACGUCACUUUCAUUGCAUUCGGUGUGUGUGGAGUGUUUUUGUUUGUUUCAUGUCAAACGUCACAAUUAUGUACUUUUUUUGUUAUUCGUUGAUCCAACUUUUGUUGCUGUGGUGAUAGUUUUUGAAUCGGUGUGCCAUACCGAUUUAUGAUAUUUGUGCCGAGAGAAAGAGAGAACAUCAAAAGAAACAAAAGUGAAGAAGAACAAAACCGAAACGUCGAGAAUAUCUGUCAUAAAACCAAACAGGAAAUAAACAGAAAAUUCAAACUUGGAGAAAAACAAAGAACUGUUUUGUAGGAUUUCUUUGGUGCAAAAAAAAACAUUGAACCUUUUGUGAGUGCUGAGCAAGUGAAACAGAGAGCUUGCACUUUGAACAAACACCUUUUCAACAUUGUUGACUGUGAAUUAAAAAGAAUGUGAAAGAAUUGUUGCUGAGAUGCGAUUGACUUAAGCAAUUUUUCUUCUUUCAAGCAAAUCUUUUCAGUUUUUUUUUUUGAAAGACGGAGACACAAAAUCAAAGUAAACGUAUUCUAUUUUACUACAUAAAACAGUUGCAUACGAUUUUCAACUAAAGAAUAAUAAGAUAGUGCUCAACGAGUAAGAACCAACUUGAAAGCGAUUCGCAACAAAGGCAUCGUCAUCACAGUGACGAAAGAGAGCGAGAUAGAAAUCAAAGAAACAGUAAAUUAUCGUAUAAAGUGUAAAGUGUUGUGUGACAAUCGGGAUAAUAUGGCGGUGGUGCGAAAGAAACAAGACGAUAAAAAUCUAAAAAUUUUGCGCGAACUGGUUUCGGUGAGCGGGAAUAAACAAUGCUUUGACUGUAAUCAAAAAGGUCCGACUUAUGUAAACAUGACAAUUGGAUCAUUCAUCUGCACUCGAUGCUCCGGCGUUCUACGAGGUUUGACGCCACCGCAUCGAGUGAAAUCGAUUUCGAUGGCUACAUUCACAACGGAGGAAAUAGAUUUCAUCAAAGCGCAUGGGAAUGAAUUGUGUGCUAAAACCUGGCUCGGUCUAUGGGAUCCAAAGAGAGUUCAUACGCAAGAACAACGCGAAUUGAUGAUCGACAAAUAUGAACGAAAGCGCUAUUACUUGGAACCGGCCAGUCCGCUAAAAUCGAUUACAAAUACAGCUCAAUUAGCGCCCUCGCAAAAUAAACAACAGCAACAGCAGCAAAUGCAAUUAAACAGCGCAACGCUAUUAACAAACGGAACGGCGAAAUCAAUUGAAGAAAAUAACAGCCAUUUAUGGACAUCAAAUACAAAUACAAAUGGUAAAACAUCGAAUAGCCGAUGGAAAAUGGAUUUAUUUUCAACAAACGAUAAUAACAGUUUGUUCAACAAUCACAUCUCCGCCCCUGUCACCACCAAUGGCAAUCGCUCAAAUGGCUUAAGCAACAACAACAACGGCACCGCUGUAACCAAUGGAUUCAAUUUAAAUGGUUCCAAUACCGAAAACAACAAUCUUUUCACACCCGACACGGAUUUUGUGGCUGAUUUUGGUUCGGCCAAUAUAUUUGAUGCCUUGAAUAACAAACCAUCCAUUAAUAAUAAUAGCACAAACAAUAAAACAAUCCUUUUACAAGGAAAUUCAAAUGGAUUCAAUCACUCGAAUGGCGUUCAACUAACUAAUGGCAAUCAAACGAAUGGUAAUGCAACGACUAAUCUAAAUAAAAGUGCCGACGAAAACUUUGCAGAUUUUGAACACAAUACCAUUUACAAUGCAGCAGCCAUUGAGAAUCAAAACAGCAAUUACUUCAAUAGUUUUAGUUACAAUAACAAUAGCACCAAUUCGAACAAUGGUAAUGCAUAUACUCAAUGGAGUGUUUGGCAACAGUUUCCAUGGCCAUACAUUCAGCCAGAACAAAAUCGAUGGAGUCUUCCGAUGUCAUUGAGCUCAACCAGUAAUUCGUUGAAAUCAAGUGGUACAUUUAAUUCCAAUUCAUCCAUAAAUUCAACACCGUCUGUGGAUCGAUACGCGGCUCUCAAGGAUCUGGAUGAACAAUUGCGUGAAAUAAAGGGGAAAGAUAACCAAAAUCAAAAUACUCUAUCAGCUGCUGCAUCAGCAAAUCCAUUCAAUGUUAUUUUGUCCUCACCCACGGCAACGGCAACGCAACCAAAUCCAUUUCAAACAACGUCGUCACCACUUUGGUUUGGCGAACAACAGCAGCAGCAGCAGCAACAACAAGGCCUAUCAACACCAGUUCAGCAGCCACUGUAUCCGAGAACAAAUAGUAAUGGAUUGUACGAUAGUUCAUCGUUUGGCCUGAAUGGUUCUGCAUUCAACGGCAAUGGAUUACAUUACCCAAAGGUUACCGAAACUAACAUGUUCAACGGAACGAUGAACAUGACAAAUGGCUUUCCACAAAAGAAUCCAUUCGCGGCACCAGUAUUAAAUGCUACCACAAACCCAUUUUUAUGAAUCUCGUCAUAAAUCGAAGAACAGUCAAUCCAGCAAAACCGACCACAUCAAAAUCUAUUGCUCUACUUUAACCAUUUUUUUUUGUUUGAAAACGAAAAAACACACAAUUUGCUUUGAAUGUCACGAAAAUAGCAUAUUUUCUCUGUAUUAAUCCAAAAGGGUUCGAAAAUGACUAUAAUAACAGUUGCUGUUAACUCUCACUUUGCAAAAGCAAUUUUUCGGACUUUUUUGUAAAAAAAAAUGUGCGAUCUUAAUGUUAUAUCGCUGGUGCAAUGGUGCAAACGAGCAAAUCAAGUGCACGAAUCUAGCGCAAAUAUUUUUUUUCUUAGGUUAGAUUUAUGUAAAAGGAACGCAGGAAACGUAAUUUUAGUAUGCUUUUCAGUUAUUUUUCUGAACAACUGUUUUGUUAACCCUAAACCACUUUAAUUUACAUACUCUAUUUUUUUCAAUACCGAAAAAGCGAAAAUGUUGAGAGAAAAACUAGCUUGAAAUCUCUGUUUAUACCUAUUUAUUUUAAUUUUAACAAGGAAACUUGGGAAUACAUGUACAUUUUUUUUCUUCAUCAAAAUCUUUAAUUUAAUGCUUUAAAAAGGAAAGAAGAAUUUGGUGAUUUUUCUUUGUCAAAAGAAUCAAGAGUAAAAGAAAUCCAAGUAAAUGGAACGAACAUCGUGAAAAAAAGUACAUGAAAUUAUAAUGACGCCCCGAAUAUACACGCCACGAGCGAACAAACGCAAAAUUUUGUGUCAAGAACAAAAGCAAGAAAAUAUUUAGGCUAGUAAAAUUAGGUUUAGGUACACUUUUGGCUGUAUAAUUCGAACAGCUUGAAUGCCAUUUGAUUGAGGGUGUUAUGUUGUUCGUUCAUUUCAUUUUGCUGAAAAUUGAAUUUCUUUUGCGUUGAAUCGCAAAUUCUUAAUGUGAUUAUAAUAUGCUCUCAGUCGCGCAUCUUCUCGAUAGUUUCCUAUAUACAGAAAUUUGAAUGAAACAUGAAUGAUGCCAAAAGAAUCGAAUCGACUACUAAUUUCGAAUCGUUCGAAAUAAAUGUCAUUUCAUUGUAAGAACAAAUAAAAUAACACUUCGAUUCCAA